AUGACCAAGACUGAGGACAGAGAGUUGGUGCUAAGGAAAGAUUGUCUUAAGAUAGUGGAACCACAUGGGAAAAUGUUUAAUGAGCAGACCUGGGAGGUAUCACAGCAGGAUCUCCCACAUAGAGAAGUUGGUGAACAUAAGGAUAGGAUACAGAGGCAGUGGGGAAACCUCUCAGGAGAGGGGCAACACAAAUGUGAUGAAUGUGGGAAGAGCUUUACUCAGAGCUCAGGUCUCAUUCGACAUCAAAGAAUUCACACUGGAGAAAGACCUUAUGAAUGUAAUGUAUGUGGGAAAGCCUUCAGUCGAAGUUCUGGUCUUUUUAAUCACCGAGGAAUCCACAAUAUACAGAAACGGUACCACUGUAAGGAGUGUGGGAAGGCCUUCAGUCAGAGUGCAGGUCUUAUCCAGCAUCAGAGAAUACACAAAGGAGAAAAGCCCUAUCAGUGCAACCAGUGCAGUAAGAGCUACAGUCGGCGUUCAUUUCUCGUUGAACAUCAGAGAAGCCACACGGGGGAGCGACCUCACCAGUGCGUUGAAUGUGGGAAAAGUUUUAAUAGACACUGCAACCUCAUUCGCCAUCAGAAGAUCCACACAGUGGCUGAGCUGGUCUAGGACUUGCUAUGAUCAAGUUUACCAGAUCACCAGCCAAGUCGUGUGGAGUAGGUUGAGGCUAGAAAAUGCCUCU